AUGCUCUCAGAGAUCCAAAGGCAAUCUUUGAACAGAGCCGUGUGCGAUUACGUACGACAGAAUGGUGGGUCGCCACAGCUUCUAUCGCAGCUCGAAUCGCUGCUUCCGGGCCCUGAUGCCUCGCACAAGCAGGACACACAGCUCUUGGAACGGAAAUGGAACUCUAUAGUCAGGUUGCAGUCCAGAAUCAUGGAACUAGAGAAACAAUGCAGCAGCAGCAAUAGUACCACAAAUGAUAGCCAGCAAACCAUUGACAAUGCAAAUGCUAACUGGAUUCCAAAGGAAAAGCCCAGCUUCCAAAUAACUUUGGAAGCCCCCGUCACGGCACUCUGUCUCCAUCCCACACUCCCAAUCAUAUACGUCGGCCUAGAGUCCGGGAAAUUGUUGCGCUACGACAUCCUAAACGUAGAACUCCCCUUACAGUCAACCAUGGCUCAUCUUGACGCAAUAACAUCUAUCUCGGUAUCACUCCCGAACACAAACAACAACAAUAGCAGCAGCAGCAGCAGACCCGCAUAUUUGGCCACCACAUCCAAAGAUCUGAACUGCAAGAUAUGGGAACUCGACAGAGAUUCCUCGCUAACACACAUUAGAACCCUCGUAGGACACGAACACACCGUUUCCGAGUGCCAGUUCUUCGAAAAGGACUCGGACCUAUACUUGGCAACGUGCUCCAGGGACCUCUCGGUAAAGAUAUGGGAUACUUCCAACGGAUGGUGUAUCAAAUCUUUCCAGCCGCACACUCAAUGGGUCAGAACUCUUCACGUGCGUGGAGAGUACAUCCUAACGGGUUCCAACGAUUCCGCCCUCAGGUUGACUCACUGGCCUUCGGGGAAUGGGUUGUCCAUGGGGAUUGGACACGAGUUCCCAGUCGAGACCGUCCGUAUAUUGGCACAAAACGCAAACGAUAUCUUGCCCCAAUACCAACCUUUGGGAUUCCAGUACGUAUCCUCGGCGUCACGUGAUGGAACAAUUCGGAUCUGGAAAGUCUCGCUACCCAAGUUCAUACCGCACAGACCUCCGAGACCAAACCCAAUGGAUACAAAUUUCAGACUUAUGGCAGUGUUGAAAGGCCACAAAUCAUGGGUACGACAUCUAUGCCAGUUUAACAACAAACUCUACUCCUGCAGUGAUGACGGGUCCAUCAAAUGCUGGGAAUUAAAUUGGCCCGAUAUUUCAUCUACUACAUGCACGAAAACAUGGGACCUUUCAGAGAACGGAUUCCAAAACUGUUUGGCCUUGGAUAAUAUCGAUUUUACAAAUUACCCUUCGAGAAAGCUUCUCUUCUCUGGUAGUAAUAACGGGACGCUAACGUGUUUUAUGAGAUAA